GUUCAAGAAGACAUUCGGAGAACCAUAGGAUUCAGUUGAUCGUGGAUAGUGCGGUGGUCAACUUGAUUUUAUAAAUAUACGUGCGCGUAUCGCGAUACACUUAACUUGAUUGUAUAUCAAUAUAUUCCGAGCAGUUAAUUUUCAAUAACAGAAUUUCCUUCCCAUUAAUUAUAUAUUAUGCGCGAAAGUACAAUGAAAUUGAUGGGCCGUAAAAAUCGUUUGGGUGUGUCUUGAACGAUUACAAGAGGGAUGGAACGGAUCUUUUCGAAAAUGUCAUAAUCUCCGGAUGAGGAUAAUUUCUACAAUAAUAAUUCAACACUCAUGUUCUAUCCACAGAGAGUGAUGCGACAAAUGUCGGAAAUUUCCUAUGUGGGAGGUUUCAAAUUGGUAAAAAUGUCGACUAACCGAGAGGGCGAGACUGCAGUGACCAUCCCGCUGCAGUAUAAUGAAGCUCAUUGGAAAGCUAUUUUCGAAAAGUAUGAUCUUGAUGGAGAUGGGAAAAUAUCGCUACAAGAGCUUAAAGCGAUGGUAUGUGGACCAGAAUUUUGUAACGAUAUUCCUGCCAAAGUGAUUCGCACAAUAAUGCGUAAGGCGGAUCUGGAUGAAUCUGGUUACUUAGAAUAUCCAGAAUUCAUAGCAAUGAUCCACAGAAAAGAUAUGCAAAAUAUAUUUGGACAUCUCGUGCAACGAUACGUGCACUCUAUGAUACCUCAACGACCAAGCCGCACAAUGAGGCAAACUUCCGUGGGUUCGAGGUAUUAUCCUCAGCGACAAAUCAGUAAUGCACUUGCAAUGCACACACCACCACCUCCUCCUUCUCCUUCGAGCUUCGGCGAUUCUUACCACACUGCCAAAUUUACUAGAGCGCUCCGCUCUGCAUCUAUUAUCGAUCAACGACGCAUCGACCUACAACCACAAACAAGUACAAUAACGGAAUGUUCUCUGUACUCUAGCGACUAUCCGGAUGGGCUGUACGAAGAUGAGUACAGCUGUCGACCGCCGGCCAUAGCAAUGAUAAUCAUAUCGAUAAUAGAAAUCAUUUUGUUCAUAUAUGAUGUGAUUAAGCACAAAUCUCUUUCUGUAGAAGGCCCGGCAGCUACAUUGCUUAUUUAUAAUCCACACAAGAGAUACGAAGCCUGGCGAUAUCUAACAUAUAUGUUUGUGCAUGUUGGAAUUUUUCAUUUGGUCGUUAAUCUACUGGUACAAAUUAUGUUGGGCAUUCCACUGGAGAUGGUACAUAAAUGGUGGAGAGUAUUGAUAAUAUAUAUAGCCGGAGUAGUGGCUGGCUCACUCGGUACAUCCGUCUCGGAUCCGACGGUUUACUUGGCCGGUGCAUCGGGCGGUGUAUACGCAUUGAUAACCGCUCAUGUGGCCACUAUCAUAAUGAAUUGGUCACAAAUGGAAUUUGCCGUCCUACAGCUAUUAGUGUUCCUCGUUGUUACGAGCGUCGAUAUCGGUCAGGCUGUAUACAAUCGUUAUGUUCUCGAGACUAACGACCAAAUCGGCUAUGUAGCUCAUUUAGCCGGUGCUAUAGCAGGACUUCUAGUCGGCAUAAAUAUUCUCCGAAAUCUCGAAGUACAAACUUGGGAGAAAGUAGUUUGGUGGGCCAGCAUGUUCACCUAUACGGGUCUCAUGACCGCAGCUAUUCUGUGGAACGUAUUAUAUACUUCGUAUUAUGAAUGGUGAUAUUUCAAAUAUCGGUAUUUUUAUCGCGUUUGAAUUAUUUAUAUUCGAUGCGAAUAUCUACAAGAUAAUCGAAUGUAUUAUUACUGAAGGAGAGUAGAAGGAACUACUUUGCCUAUUGUAUGUAUAUACAUCACACACAAAUUCAUUAUAUAUAUAUAUAUAUAUAUAUAUAUAUAUAUAUAUAUAUAUAUAUAUAUCUUUAUUAAUAUAUUAAUUAAUAUAAAUUAUACUUUUAUGCUAUAUUAUUUUACGUUAAUAUUAAGAUAUUAAUGUAAAAUAAUGUAAAAAUUUAGAAUAGAUAGAAAGUGUGUAGUAUAUUUUCAUACAAAUGUUUUUGCGCGUACACGAAGAGAUGAGACUUGGAUUCGAAAUCCUGUAUUAAUUAUUAUAUUUGUACGUGUUGCGUGUAUUAAUUAAUAUUAAACAAUGCAGUAUUUUUUAAGUACAUGUUUUCAAGAACAAAUAGUAAAGAAUCGCAUUCUGUGAUACUUUUGCUACACGUGUGUUGGCAACAAGAAUAGGUGUGUAUACAAGUAUUCACAAGUUUCAGGAAUUGAUCAUAUCGCAGCUAGGCAUAAAAUAUUAAUAAUAUUUCUAUUUUAAAACUAUUGUCUCAAUGUUGGAAAAUACAUGAAGGAAAACUACCUCCAUCAAUAUAUUAUGAUAAUUAUUGAGCGCACAUAACGUCAAUUAAUUUUUCAAUACUUCAUGUAUCAUAUAAGCACACAUUACAUAUCUUCAAUUAUUCGUUCAAUAUUAAACAAUCUGCACAAAUUACAGUGUUGAAUUGUCAAAUAAUAUAUACAUAUAUACAUACACACACACACACACAUAUUUUAUAUAUAUAUAUAUAUAUAUAUAUAUAUAUAUAUAUAUUUUUUUUUCCAAAUCAUGAUUAAUAUUUUUUUAUCUUGGAGAUUCUUAUUAAAAAAAUUCCGUUUCACGAGCUUGUUAAAUAAAAAAAGCUAUAACUUAAAGAUAUAAUUCAUAAUUUGCAUAUACUCUAAGUUAAAGAUAUAGAUAUGUUAAUUUAUUCAUAAGAUAUAUACAUUGUACAAAAAACGGACAAUAAUUUCAAAUGCAAUGUUAAAUUUGUUUUUAGAUAAACACUAAUAUUGCUAUUAAUAAUCGUUAGAAAAUAAAAUGCAAUACAAAACAGUGUGUAUUCCAAUAGUAAGAUAAAUAAUUUUCUUUAUGAAUGCUUGGCAAUAAUUCUAUUAAAUAUUUGUACAGAUUGUAACUAUAUGACUAUAGAUACAGCAGACUGUAGAUACAAAAACAUAUGAGAAGAAACAUUUUUGAAAAGAGAUUUAUAAAUAUUACUGUAAUUAUACGCACCCCGUUUAUUUAAUAUAUUCGAUUUAGAGAUAAAAGCGAAUAUAUUAAUUUAUUAAACAAUUAUUAGUUUGAAUAUGAAAAAAGAAUAAGUUUUUGUGUUAAAACUGCAUUAUAAUGUCUUAAAUGGAUGUAAAAACUAUGUACUGUAUUUUCGAUUAGACUGAUAAGAGAUAUGAAUAUUAAUCUGAUUUAUCUAUCCAUUUGAACAAAGAAUAUAAAUUAUUUACAAAUAUUUCUGGAAAACGUUAACUAGAAAUAAUCUUAUUUUAUUUAUCUCUUAUUGUUAGUAGCUCAAUGCAAUAAAUAUUGUGCGGAUACAGAGAGAGCUGCCAACUGUUAUAUAUAACUUGUGUGUGUGUGUAUAUAUAUAUAUAUAUUAUAUACACACAUACAUCCGAAUUUUCAUAUACUGGAUGUUCCAUUUUAAACGAUCAUCUUCUUUUUCCUUUUUUUUAUGAGAACAAGGAAGAUUGUUUAAAAUGGGAUAUGCAAUAUACAUGUAUAGUUCACAUGAUUGAUAGUUUUCUAUAUUUUUUAUUAAAUGUAAAGAAUGCUAUUAAUUCGGAAAGUGAUAAGUAAGACAGCUAUUAAUUAUAAGUCUAGAAUAUGCGUAAAAAAGUUAAAAGAAUAUAAAGUGUAUAUAAGUAUUUUAAUUUAUAUAUAAUUUAAGCAAUUGGAAGACAGCUAUUAUUGCUAUUAAAAUUUCAAUAGAGCAUAAUUUAACUUACCAGAUUUGAUUGUAUCCUUGUUUCUUAUUUUGUGGAUAUCACUUAGUAUUAGUUCAUUUAUAAUGUCGAUGACGAGAUUCCUAUGAACAAAUUGGUUUUCUUAAAUAGAUGCGAUAAAUUAAAUAGAAUAGUUUUAGAUAGAUAGUAUUUUAUAAAGUUAUA